AUGCACAUGGGCAAGGUUAAGUGGAAGAAGUUUACCACGGGGUUAGCAGUGGCUCAUGCUGGAGAUGGUUCUGACCCAAGGCAAUUUUCUUCAGUUAACAUGGCAGCCGUGGGCUAUCCUAAAUGGAGGCUGAACCAAUUUAAGUACCGAGGGAAAAAUAUAUCUGUGAGGCGAAGACAGAGGAUUGCAUUCAGCCUGGAGCUCAGGAAGGCCAAGAAAGAUGAGCAGGCUUUCAAGAGAAGGAAUAUCACCUACCUCUCUCCUUACCCAGAUUCUAAGAAUACAACCAAAGAGGUCAGACUCACAAUGGAUGAAAUCAUCAUAGGUAUAAAUGACUCAGAUUUUGAGGUAUGCUUCGAGGCCACCCGGGAAAUCAGGAAAAUGCUAUCCCAGGAAAACAAUCCUCCUCUCGAAAUGGUUGCUGAGUCAGGGGUCAUCCCCAGGCUGGUGGAGUUCCUGAGGGUAUCCCAACACCCCUAUUUGCAGUUUGAGGCAGCCUGGGCUCUGACCAACAUUGCUUCGGGGACUUCAGUGCAGGUCGGAGCAGUUGUGAAGGGGGGUGCCAUUCCACCCCUCCUUGAGCUCCUGUCUUUCCCCAGCACAAUGGUGUGUGAACAGGCAGUGUGGGCACUCGGUAACAUAGCCGGUGAUGGGCCAGAAUUCAGAGAUACUGUUAUCUCCAGCAAUAUUAUCCCUCGUCUGUCAGCCCUGGUUUCGUCACCCAUAUCAAUCACAUUUCUACGGAACAUCACAUGGACCCUGUCCAACUUGUGCCGAUACAGGAACCCACCCCCUCCUGAGAAUGCAGUGAAGCAAAUGCUGCCCAUCCUUUCCCACCUCCUACAGCAUGAGGAUGACGAAAUUCUCUCGGACACCUGCUGGGCCCUGUCCUACCUCACUGAAGGCUGCACUAAGCACACUGCCCUAGUGAUUAAAACAGGGGUCCUGCCCAGGCUGGUAGAGCUCAUGACCAGCUCAGAACUCAGUGUCGUGACCCCUUCUCUCCGCACUAUGGGGAACAUUGUCUCCGGGACAGAUGACCAAACCCAGAUGGCCAUCAAUGCAGGCAUGCUGAAGGUGAUGGCCAAGCUCCUGCAACACCCAAGGUCCUCUGUCCAGCAGGAAGCAACCUGGACCCUGAGCAACGUGGCUGCUGGGUCCCGCUGUCAAAUCCAGGAGCUGAUCACUCAUGAUUUGCUGCCUUCUUUGGUAACUCUGCUAAGACAUGGGCAAUAUAAAGUUCAGGAAGAAGUUGUCUGGAUGUUGUCUAACUUCACAUUGGAGGCCUCGGCAGACCAGCUCUUCCAGCUCGUUCACGUGGGAUUCCUGGGGCCACUGUUGAAUCUGCUCUCUUUUCCAGAUGAGAGGAUGUCCCUUACCAUCCUCGAUAUCGUCUCUUCUAUCCUCCAAGCUGCCCAGAAACAGAGUGAUAGGGAAAGCUUGUGUCUCCUGAUAGAAGAACUCGGUGGGGUUGACAGACUCAAGGCUUUACAGCUGCACAACAGCUGGGACAUCUCCUGGGCUGCGGAGGACCUCCUUGAGGAGUACUUCAGUGAGACUAUUAAGCCAAUGUGGAUUAAGAAGCUCCUGUAUGCCAGACAAUAUGCUACCAUGCAAGAACUUCUAAAAGGUCGACCAAAAAUGGUCUUCAUAUUUUUGGCUGACAACUAG